AUGUUGUCAGUAUUAGAUCCGGGUUCAUAUCCUCUCCAAGUUCAAGUGACAGACGGUACAUACAAAGUUAAGACUGAAGUGACUGUUCGUGUGAAAGAAAUAUCACCAGAUGUUGUUAACAACAGUGUAACUGUACGAAUAACUGGCAAGACACUCGGUAGUUUUGUGUCUACAUCGCUUUCUGCUAUGAUAAACACAUUGGCAAAAAUUAAAUCUUGUUCUGUGGAAAAUGUGUAUCUAUGGAGUAUACAAACAGCGCCGAAAAAUAUGCUGGACAUCGUGUUUGCGGUAAAGAAAAAAGGAAAAGAGGUAAGACGUUUAUGUACUACUAUAGUAGGAUGCGCUAGUGAUAGCAGGCAAAUCAAAUUUGAUCACAUCGACAAUAUUAUCUGUUCGUAGUUUUUCAAUCGAGAAAGACAAUACAGGUAUCAAUCAGGAUUUUUGGCAUCACUCUCGAUUGAACUGAUGAUGAAGGAUAUUUGGCAGAUGGAAUUUCGAGCGUAAAAUUUAUACUUUUAGAGCUAUCUGGGAGCAGCUGGGCCAAUAGUUGUCUUUUCGCACCUGCUCCUGGUUAGGUCUAUAAAUCAAUGUAUAAAAUUUACACUCGACAUUUUCAUCUGCCAAAUCCUUCAACAUUGUUUAGAUCGAGUGAGAUGCCCAAACCCAUAAACCUUACCACGCCGCCACCUUAGUAUAUAUACAUUAAUUAGUGGUUAGAGUUCGACAACUGGACUCUGUACUGUAACUCAGUUGGUUAGAGUGCUGACUGCACCAGAAUCGUAGGGCCGCAGAUUCAAUUGCUGCCAGAAGGCCUAUAUACAUAGUUGCAUUUUUCGCAGCUGCUACUGGUUAGGUCUAAAUAAGAGUAUAAAAUUUACACUCGAAUUUUCCUGGUAUCAUGCUAUACACAAUUAUUUAAUUUGUUGAUUCGAAUGUUGUUAAAAAUAAUUGAUGGGAAAUCGAUCGGGAGUAGAUCUAACAAAGAAACAUCAUCCUUGUAAUGGGUCAUCUCUCUUACACGGUAGUGUAAAAAAAGACGAACAUGGACGGUCAAGACGAAUUACGUACGUUCUGAGUAGACGAACUGUACAAGUAGUUGGUGUUGACGGAUUGUUCGUGUGUUUCCUGCAGUAAAGACGAAUUACGUAUAUCAGAUCCGAGAUCUAAGUGUCUCUUCUUUGCCCAACGUUGCCCCAGCAGGUCUUCCGUCUUGAGAUAAAUCGGUCAAGGGAAGGCUUUUCGUAUUGAAAGUUUUAAUUAAACAAAUUGUCAACUUGAUUAUAUGUUUACGAAACUCAAUGCUGGAACUGAAUCUAUUAUUGUAUUAAGAUUAACUUUCUGGGAGAUCAUUAUGACGUUUCUCAUUAUUCAUCUUUUAUUUUCAGGAGUUUUUCAGUCCAAACAACAUCCGCGAGACGUUGGAAGAUCAACUUCCAACGUUCCAAAGAUUGUCCAAGGUCGUCGUGUCAUCCGUUGGACUCUUUCCUUGUGACAAACGCACCUGUCCUGCCGGAAAAGAGUGCCAAAACGUAAUUAGCUUGCUGAAUGAGUGGAGCAGUUUAACAGGUGACAUGACGAUCUUUUUGUCCUACAAGAAAAUGCAGACCAGCAAGUGUAUUUGUCCUGAGGGAAUUUCAGGUGCGUGGUCAAACACUUGUUUUGUAAUGUUGAGCCUUAUAUUUACCGUUGUGGUAUAUCAGUGUACUACAGUACUACUACUUCUGCACUUCCACGUGUGGAACCAAACAAAAGUCUUAUGGAAACCCACGUAUAGACCCAUUGCACUGACGUCACACAUCCUUAGAGUGUCCUCCAGAUGCUCCCUAACAAUAUCUUUUCGGGUACAACAACCACAUACAGCGCAAAAAUUGACCAUUUUAAUACAAAAUUAUAAUAAAGUUUCACAAAAUUUGCUUUGUUUACAAAAGUUAUAUUAUGCAUAGAUUGCUAAUUUGUCCUCUCAUUGACUCCCAGUCUCCCAUGCACUCUCGUCAACCUUUGUAACUAACUUGAACUGUCUGUGCCAGUGUGGUAGUGCCAAACGUAUUAAGAGGAGAAUUUUUUCUAUGUCGCGUCUUUUCGAUGAAAAGCGCUCAAAACCUACGCAAUGCAAAAAAUGACGUUGUCGCGUACGCGUCAGCUGUAUAUGGCGUUUACAAAAUAGCAAAAAAGUUAAAACUUUUGAGAAAAUCAGCUGAAAAGCCGUUCAAAUCUGCUAUAUUUUCAGGUAAGUGCUUAACUACUCUAGAAAUAUAAAGAAUAUAUCGUUUUGUCUUUCGUAAAAUUGGUGUAAUUGGUAAUAAAUAUUGUUCUGAUUUUUUGUAACUUCCGGUGUUAUGAAAACAAGAAAGCCAUUCAAAGUCAGUCAAAAUAUGUCGUAAUUUUAUGCAAUUUAAAGAGAUGUAAAACUAGUCUUUUCUAAAACGAAGAUCUAAAAAUGAUGCGAAAAAUAUUACUCUCCGGUGUUUCUUGUUGCUAUCUUGGCCAGACUCUUUCGAUUCGCAGCUUUCAUAUAUUUAUUUUAGCUGUAGCGCGUUUCGUCCUAAACUCUAAAGGCUAAAAACCUGACAUCGACGAGGUUUUAGAUCUGCUUUCGUCUUCAUACAAUUUUAACUCAAGGACAUUUGUAAAAGCAAAUUCGUGCAGCCAAUAAAGCAAUAGUAAACUAUAUAAUCAACAUAUAUAAACAAUGUUUGAACAUUUAGACUAUACAUGUAAAUAUGUUAUUACUUUCCCUUCAAUUCAGAUACGUAAUUUAGCAAGAAUGACUACUAGGCCUACAGAUGUGAACGAGAAGGUAUAUUUAUCUAUGAGCAACUUUUAUUUUGCUGUUUAAGUUGGUGAAAAUCUCGCUGGUCAUGCAACAUUUAUAUAUUUCCGAACUAAACUGCACAUUUUUUCACAAAUUAUUACUCUUAUCUUGACUUGCAGAGCAUUCAAACUCUGAGAGCACUCUACGGCAAAAAUAAGCCCUCAUCGAAAAAGAUUCAAGCAACUGAAAUGUUUAUGAAAGGGGAGAAUUCUUUUCUGGUAAUUGCGAGAGUCCUGAACGUUGCUACUGCCACAGCAGAAGUAUAUGCAAUCGACGGAUAUUGUUCUGGUGCCCCAUUAUCUUACCAAGACCUGGCAUCACAAUUUAAUUUAAAUAAUGAAGAAGCAGAUAUUAUUGCUGCUGAGACAACGUUAGCUUAA